AUGGAUAGACCUCGCAUAUACACAUUCGCCAGAUCAGAAUUGUCAAGCGAAAAAAAGUCUUGCCGUUCGAAGAGCUGUGAGAAGUUGGCGCACCUCUUCGCCAGCAGAACCGGUGUUUUGCAGGUAUGCCGCACAAACUUUUCCAUCAAACCGCCUGAGAAAAUAUGGCGCAACGCCGCUCGAAGCAGAAGCGCGAGUGAGGAUACAGCAGCUGCUUUGUUUGAUAACGUCCGAACAAACCCACGCUACGACAGGGAGGCCAUCGCUCGAAUACCAAGGACUCUCCGCAGCCGUCUGCGGCCGCUCCUGGACUCGGGGUGCCUGGUGUUGCAGACGCCUGCGCGAGCGAGAGACGAAGCGGCAAGGAGAGGCCGCCACAACGGGGACAACUUCUUCGUUCUCUUUGAGGCUGUGGUGGCCUCAAGGCUGGCACACUGGCACAAAGGCCUCUACGCUCCGGUUCAAUGGCGUGGCCACGGCAAGAAGAAGCGGCCGUUAGUCGCGUGGCUGGACCUGUGGCCUGGAAGCUCGUUGGCUGUCAGGCCCUACUCCGAAGCCCAGAUGCUUCGGACUGUUCACAUGGUAGUGUCCGCGGAGCGGAGUCUCGCCUCCUUGGAGGAAGAUGCCCGCCGAAUUGUACAAGCCGUCGGUGAGGACGAAGUGGCAAAGGUUUGGCCGAAGGAGCGGCCAGCGGGACCCGCUUGCCUGCAGAAAUGCGGCAAAGGCUGCUUCUGCAUGGCAGCGAAGCACUUCGACGACAUUUUCUACUGCGACUGCACGGGCCGGAAUGCUGAGAAUGAGAAGGUUUAUCGCCAGGAGUUCACCUACGCAGAUCUGAACAAGCAUCCCGACAAGAAGGGCAAAGCCUGCCCUCCGAGGGUGCUCCCGGUCCCUGCGGCGCUCUUUUUGCAGAGCUUCGAGAUGUGUUGCAGGUUCUCUCAGAGCAGACCAAUCUUCGUCCGCUCGGUGCCGCUGUCUUCCAGGGCCAUGCCGUUUGGAGCUCGGACCAGCUCUUGUCAGAGGUGGCUCGGGGAAGCUGGGGCUUGGCCCGUGCUCAAGGCAGCGACUUGUCAGUUCCCGAGGGAGACUCCGAGGAACGCUGGUCCACGCUAUGGCAGCAGCGACAAGUUGUGCCGAGAACUUCCGACGUUGAGUCUCCAUCUCAACCUCAGCCUCACUCGCAGUCGCAGCAGCUCCGUCGUCGGGAGUCUUUGCCCGGCUGGGUCUGUGGAUGGAUCAUGA